AUGAAGGCCGAACUAACUCCUUUCAGCUACAACUCCGUGAUCUUUUCAACUCUAUCUUCGGUCGAUUAUCAAGCUGCAUUGGUUACACAAGACUUUCUCAAGGGAGCCGCAUGGAACGACACGGAACUCGCCAUGAGCGUCCACGCAUGGAGCGGGCUAGCGUAUCAAAACUCAUUAUAUGAAUCGUCUUGGAAGAAUCUACUGCUGGUCACGUCGGUCCCCAAUAACAACAGCAUCAUCCAGGUGUGGACGCACAAAGCCGAGGACACCGACACUAGUGAAAACCGGCUAUGCCACGGCAAUGUUGGAAACUACGACAACUCGGGAAGCAACCGCGACUUCAACAAUUUGGUGGCCCACACGUCUUCGUGGAAGAUCGAGGGCGUCUGUCGCGACACCUCGAACUCCGGCUCAUGCGGGAGCUCCUUUGACGCUCCGAUUCUCUACUGCCUCGCCGAGCAAUUCCCCGGAAAUUGCAAAAUCCAGGUCAGCACGACACUGCUGACCAUCGUCAUUCUUUUCAAUGCUGUCAAAGUCGUUUAUCUCCUGACCACGGCCUUCUCUCGCAAAUUCGAGCCGCUGGGAACCGUGGGCGACGCCAUCAGCUCAUUCCUAGAGCAGCCGGACGACGAGACCACGAACCUAGGUCCGGUGACCAAAUCCGUAGUCCAAAAGCAGUCUUGGAAGAAAGUGUACAUCUCAGGAUCUCGAAACAUGUCUUUAACCUAUAAACGAAAACCUCACCGCUGGGCUCGAGCAGUGAGUGGCAGCCGUUGGUUCAUUUGCAUGGCCCUGUAA